UUAAGACGAGUGGAGUGACGAUAAACUCUAGUGCGUUGGCCAGGCGAAUCAAUCGAGUGUUAGCGACGAGUCGUCAUUGUCACUAUAAAGUUACAAUCGAUUCACAAACAGUUUAAUACAAUUAAAACACUAUAUAUAUAGUGAUCGAUUGCCACUUUUAGGCUUUUAUUGACGUUUUGGCUGUUCUUUGAGUCUCAAGAAACGCACGCGCCAUAUAUAUAGCUGAAAUUAAAAGACGAGCUCUCAAUGACCCCGGAGCAAUUGGAGAUCGUAUUUGAUACACUGGAUGUGGAACAAAAAGGUUACCUCACACUCUGUCAAUUUUUGGAAAAGUUCAAAGACACUGCACCAAUGAAUUUCCGGAAUAAUCGAUGGAAGGAGCAGCAAAACAUCGUUUCAUUCAAAUGUUCUUACACGGAAGACAUCCAAACACUUUUGCAAACCAUCAAAGACACGAACAUGAUAAAAUUGAGCAUAGGGCAUUUAGAGAACAUAUGCAAGGCAGCCUCUCAAAUGGAACCAGACAGUGCGGUAUCGGUGGGCCGUAUCGAAGCGUUUCUCAGGGCGCUCAACAUUGACCUACUAAAGAUCGUCGAACGUGACAGGGAGCUGGAAGAGAUGCUGCAGAGCCGUGAGAUCCAACACCAAAACAACAUGCAAAAACUUUUCGAAGAACUCGAAUCGCAUUUCCGUGAAGAGCAAGAAAAGACCAAACUUGAAGACCAAAGAAAAUUCCGGUCAGAACUAACCACGUUGGAAAACGAACUUGCUGACAAGGAGGAUCGGUUCCGUGCCGCCGUGUCCACUAGGCAGGAAUUCGCAGGACAGCUAGUGGCAGCCCAACAACGUGAACUGGCGGUUAUGGCGGAAAACGCUAAACUUAUCGAAACCCGUGAAAGACUGUUGAAUGAUUUGGAUGCGGAACGGACCAAAACCUGUCGGCUGGAGGAAAUCAUCGAGAAGACCAAUGUGGAGUCAGCCGCGGACAACGAGAAACACUUCAAACAAGGAUUCUACGUGGCGAAAAAUUUAGUCUCCAUGAAAGAAGAAGGACUUUUGCAACAGUUAGAAAUCCUUCAGGACAUGAAAAACGUCCUGUUGAACUGACACUCAGGUGACGUCAUCGUCUCCGCCAUAAGUACUCAAUCUAAAUUUCACUAUUGAUAAUUCAUAUGCCUAAUAACACGCAUCCACAGACUAUAUACAGUGAUGCAACAUCGACAAUAAUACAUCAUAAUUAUUAUAUUUUAAUUACUAUUAUUAUUAGGUAUUGUUACUACAUUUGAAUUUAUGCAUCAGCUACAAAGUUAUUAUAGCUUGCAUUAGGCUAACAUUGUGUUUGCAUUAAAUUAGUUUAUACAUUACAA